AUGAGGCUGCGCCCCGAGACGUGCUGGCUGCUGCUCUGGCUGCCGUCUCUGGCCGCGCAGCCUGCGGGCGCCGAGCGCUGGGAAGAGGAGGCGGCAGCCGUCUCAGUUUCUAGGUGUAAAACUUUGAAGGAGAUGGAUUUAAUUAAAGCUUCUCUGUCAGACUGUUACUGCUACAAUCAAAAUUCCCAAGUGAAAUGGAAGUAUAUAUGGUCAACUGUGCAGGUGAAAAUUACCAGUUCAGGCCUGCUCAGUGUUGUAUAUAUCACAGAAAGGUAUAAUUGCCAGUAUCCAGAAACCAUUCUAUCCAUCAUCAAAUGUAUGAUUCAUAACUUUUGGACACCAGAGGAGUCUAAUGAUAUAACCAUAAUCAUCCAUCCAUAUGGAGAGACUGUCUGUUUCUCUGUGAAGCCAGCCAGGAAGACAUUUACCUAUACAAUAAGUGUGAAACAAAACAUUGUGGAUUUCAAACUGUUCUUUGUGUUUGUGGUGGGCAUCCUCCUCUUCUUUUAUGCAAAGACCUUGAGUCAACAGUAUAGCACCUUUUGGGCUCUAAUGCUUGGUUGUUGGUUUGCUUCACUUUAUGUUGUGGGGCAACUGAUGGAAGAGCUGAAGAGACUGUGGUAUGAAAGCAGAAUAUGUGUAUUAGGCUACGUCUUGACACUUGGCUGUGUCAGCUUUGCUGUUUGCUACAAGCACGGGCCCCUGGUGGAGGAGAGGAGCGUGGUGCUCCUGGCGUGGCUGCUGCGGCUUCUGUCCCUGCUCCUGGUGUACGCGGGGGUGUCCGCGCCCCAGUUCGCCUCCACGGCCGCCCUGCUCCUCAUCCUGGCAUCCGGGAGUCGGCGCUAUCUGCGGAGCGCGCUCACCUGUGUCGGGAGGAAAAUGAAGAAAUGGUUUACAUCAGAGAAGCCAGUGGUGAAGUUUCUUACUGAAGACGAAUACAGGGAACAAGCUGAUGCCGCCACAACCUGCUCCCUGGAGGAGCUCCGCCAGGCCUGCCGCAGCCCCGGCUUCCCAUCCUGGCUGGCUGUCUCCAGGCUCCAGGAACCGAAAAAGUUUGCAGACUUUGUUCUCGGAGGAAGCCACUUGUCGCCUGAAGAAGUGAGGCUCCAUGAAGAACAAUAUGGCCUUGGGGGUGCCUUCUUGGAAGAGCAGCUCUUUAACCUGAGGACUCGUGACAGUCUGCCUGCACAGUGACUUCAUCCUGGACAAGGAAGUGAGGAUGGGCAGGGAUCCUGUGAAAGGUGGGCAGAACUGUUCCAAGGAACAGUGGCCAAAGCAUUUGCUACAGAGAAACAUCAAACCAUACUGGAAAGGAAAGCUAAACUAUAUUGAAGAUAACUGAUCCUUCUUGUUCAGUUCUGUGUGUUGUGCUGUAGCAGGCCGCUGAGAUUGUGUGACGGUCAUCAUCUCUUUCCUUGAAUGAAGACUCUCGUUAGGAACAAGGGAAUUGUGUUGAUCUUCAAAGGACCAAUUAAUGUGAAUAAGUUCCUUGUCAACUCCAGAGCAUUAAAGCUACUCUUAAACCCCAGAACCUGCAACAUAAUAGUGCAUUGCUCUUCCUGCGUGUUAUCAGUGUAAGGACUGGAAGAGACCUGGGAUGUGCUGGACCAAUGUUUUCCAAAGUGUAAUCCACAGGAUGCUAAAGUGUUAGCAGGUAAGGGAUCCUGAGGUCAACCAAGAUGGAUACACGAUUAGACAGACAUCCUGCAGGACUUCUCAGAGCCUUUAGUCAUGCUCAUGCAUGUUGUGUGAACCUCCUGAAGAGGAGAAAUAGUGUGUAGCGGUCUCUGACUUAAUUUGAAAACAGAACCCUUCUUUAUGAGAUUAAUAUUCCUUGGACAGAAUGUUUAGAAAAUGCUGAUGGUGAAGGAAUGGAGGCUUGGAAAAGUUAAAUAACUUGUCCAAGACCACAGAGAAUUUUAGAGGCAGCCCUGGGACUCGAACUCCUGCCCUGCUGUUUGCUGGGGUUCAGGUAGAAGAAGAGACCUUUAGAAGCAAGCUGAGGGGCCAUCUCUCCACAGCCUUGGGUCUUAGAGUAUUGCUGACUUAUUUUUUUACUUUUUAAUAAUACCAACUAACUGAUGACUGCAAUAAAGAGAAACAUUUCCUAAGUUAUAUUUUAAAGUUUUGACAAGACUUUUAUAGACAUAUAUAAAGAUGAGGAGUUAGAAUUACUUGCUAAAUUUUUGUGUGUGUUGAAAUUGUUAAACUACUUUUUGUAUUUCUUUGUAUGUUGAAAUUUAACCUCAAGUUUACUGGCCUGUUUUUUAAAAUUGUGUAAUUAUAUAUAACAAUUUCCUACAAAA